UUUAACUGUAAGAGUUAUCUCCCAUUUCCCAUAAUGCAACAGGGCAUCAGUAAUGGAUGCCUCCAUUGAAAAAUGUUCUAUCAGUGUUUAUACUUCAAAUUGCUGUUCUUUUUCACCUUUGCAUCCAUCAGAAAAAAAUUUGAUUAGAUUAAAAGACUGUAAGAGAGGUAUUGUAUCGCAUCUGUUGAAAAAUGGGAUUCGAUCUGGCAUGAAAGGAGAGGCUGAUGUGUUCAGUGAAGCAGACCUAAUAUGUAAGCGUGUGGGACUUUUCACUGUUGAGGAAACAUUUACGGUAUGUCCCUAUCACAGAGACUUUCUUGGUGUACAUUGGCGCGCCCAGACCACUUGUCAGUAUCCUAACCACCAGGGAAAUGCCAAGCCGUAUCGGAGUUUCAACUCUCUUAUGUCUAAGCGGAUGGUUUCCGAGUUUGGUACUUUAGUGCCUAUAGGUUCUGGAAUAUGCAGAAAAUGUCAUGGAGAUUAUUUGAAGCUUCCUUCAUCAAUUGGAGAGGUUGAAGCUCCCAUGGAAGACAACCACGGCAACGAUGAGACAGAUAUUGCAACCUCUAUCCAAAACCAGCAGUCUACAUGUACUGAUGGUGUUCAGACUGAAACAGAAGAUAAUGAAGAAUGGAGUGGUCGACUCCGUGCAAGAAGGACAGAGACCAUAUAUGAAAGUGAUAGUCAGAGCAGUGCAGUUUGUAGUCAAGGUUCUAAUUGGAGUCAGGAAGAGGAAGCCCUACCCCUUCAUGAAAUUCAGUUGACUGAUGUGAACACAGCUAUUAACAUCCUAAGCCAGGGUCAAAUUAGUCCAUUGCGAUCAAGACUCAAUACAGAAUUGAUGAAUACUAAAGAACGAACUCUAAGAUACUACAAAAGGAAAGCACAGGAGACUUGCACAGCUCUUCUAGAUGCCAUUGCUCCUCAUCAAGGAGAGAUACUUAAGAAGAUGACAUUACCAAAUUCGGAAGCUAAUGAUGAUGACCUUUUUCGUGUUGUCGGUGAACUGUACCACAAUAUCAAGGAUGCAGAUGUGAAAUGUCAACUUUUGUCUCUAAUAGUAAAUAGAUGUUCAAAGGCUGAACUGUUGACAAGGUUUCCAGAGGUUACAAAGCAUCAGAUAGAUAAAGCCAGGAGACAUGCUUUCGUAAAUGGUCCUGGAUCAGGUGUUCAGCAAACAGUAUCUUCUCAACACAGACAAAGAAUCAAUUUUGCAAAGUUACAGCAUGCAGUGGAAUUUUUCAGUGAUCCAUCAUUCAACCAGAUUUCAUCAUACACUACAAGGAACCUAAAGCUAGAUUCUGGAGACACCUUAGUAAUUCCUGAUGUAGUUAGGACUAUGAUACAUUCAAAUUUGAUCAAACUUUACAACACAUACUGCGCCAGUAAUAACUUUGAGCCUCUCAGUGAGUCCACUCUAUAUGAAGUCCUAAAUGCAUGCAGUGCAUCAAAACGGAAGUGCCUGAAAGGACUUGAUAACAUUGCUGUUGAUGGAUCUUCUGCAUUUGACAGUCUGACUAGCUUAGUUGAUAAACUUGAUGAGCCUCAGCAAUGGAAAAAAGAACUGAAGGAAAAGCUGUUCAAUGCUCGACUGUACUUCAAGACUGACUACAAGCUCCACAUCAAGCGGGAAGAUGAAUGCGCUUUCCACUGCUUACAGUAUGCACUUAGUGACCCCAAAUCAAGCCAUCUUAGUGUUUCAUGUGACCAUGAGCAUAAUAAGACCUGCAGCAGGUGUAACUUAUUUGGUGAAUCUGUCACGGAGAUCCGCAAGGUCAUCAUAAAGUCUCCAUCAGAAGAGCAAGAGGUACUAUUGCAAGAUUUGGAAAUGUCCAUAACACAAGUAGAGGACUGGAGAUCACACAUCAUAAGAACUGUGAAUCAGGAUGACGGAAGGGUAGACGUGCUGCAUAAUCUGAACAACAACCAGGUUUUAGUGAUUUUAGACUGGGCGAUGAAAUAUUUGCCGCAGAUGUACCGUGAGAAAAUGAAAGACUUCUUUGGACAGAAAGGAGUACACUGGCAUGUGUGUGUUGCAGUUUUCAAGGAACAAAAUGGAAGUCUAGUGCACAGGACUUUUACUCACAUAAUGGAUUAUGUGAAGCAGGACUUCUUUGCUGUUCUUUCAUUACUAGAACAUGCAUUAGUAACUAUUAAACAACAGCUGCCACACAUUACGGAAGCUUACCUCAGAUCAGACAAUGCCGGAUGCUACCAUUGUGGGCAGUUAUGGCUCUCCAUACCAUCAUUGUCAGAAAGAACAGGAAUAACUGUGAAGCGUUUUGACUACAGCGAAGCACAGAGUGGUAAAAGCUACUGUGAUGCAAAAAUCGCCCACAUGAGAUCAAAGAUGAGGAUUUUUUCUUCAGAGGGCCAUAAUAUUUGUACAGCUAUGCAGAUGAAAGAGGCAAUCGAGAGUGGUGCAGGAGUCAAGGGAACCUGCAUUGCUGUUGUUGAUGUUGAUGUCACAAAGCAAACACUCACAAAGCAUUCUUGGAAGGGAGUAAGCUUUAUAUCCAAUAUAGAAUUCACCACGGCAGGGUUAAGAACAUGGAAAGCAUACAAAAUUGGAGAGGGGUCCUUCAAAGAUACAGAAAGUCUUCAGAAACUAGGUCAUGCGCAAUCUACUACCAGUUUAAAGAUCCUAAGUGAUUUCAACCACACUGAAGAACAUGGCCAAAUUCAUCUUAGGGCACCAGAGAAUCAACCAGAACCACGUGAUGAUCAAUCUGAUACCUCAGCAAAUGACGAUGAUGGUGUUGAACCUUCAGGAACAGAUUCUAAGUUAUUCUUUUGUCCUGAAUAUGGAUGUUUGAAGUCAUAUCAGACUUUUGAGAAGCUGAAUGAGCAUCUACUCAUUGGAAAUCAUGUGUUUAAAAAAGUGUCAGAAUCUUCUAGUGACAAAGCAAAGAAACUAUGGGCCGAAAAAUGUGAUACUGUGUUGGCAGCUACCCGUCCUAGAGUUGAUCAUGAGUCCGAGGCUUCAGACAGUGUAGAUGUGCCAGUUCUAGGAUGGGCUUUGAAGAAAGAAAAGAGAUACUGCAGAUUUUCUCAAAAAGUGAAGAACUUCUUGACCGAGUUAUUCAAAAAAGGAGAAGAAAGUGGUAGAAAGGAGAAUCCAACAGCUGUUGCUCUGGAAAUGCGAACUAUGAUGGAAGAUGGAAGAAGGAAGUUCUCUCCAUGUGAAUGGUUACAGCCAAGUCAGAUUUCUUCAUUUUUUUCUCGACUUGCAAUAAAUUCCAACCAAUCAAAUGUACUUUGUGUGGACAAAAGUGAGUUAGUUUCAAGUGACAGUGAUUUGUUAGCUGUUUUAGGUGAACUUCAAAAUGAGGAAGUUUUCCAAAGCAUAUGUGAUUGACAUAAACAGAUUACAGGAACCCUACUCCAUUAUUUCUGCAUUUUGAAUACUAGUAUUACUGAGACUCAUACUUACUUAGACAGGCAGAUAGGUAUUCUGGCAAUCUCUUAGCAAUGCAAUGUAUUUGAUUUUAUGUUUGCUGUGUUAUUGUUAUUUGAGUUUUUGCAAUGAUAUUUUGAUGCUGCACUAUGACUAUUGCCAUUUUUAAAACCUAAAGUAUUGUUUCUGUAUAACUGUUUUUCUGUCCCCUAGUCUGCCCAUCAAAUGCAUAUUUUGUUUACAUCAUUUUUAAAGAAACUAUUCAAAGUAUUUCUAUCAAACUUCAUCUACUGAUACAUAUUGGUGAGUGUUAACAACUGCUUUAAACAUUCUAUUUUGUAUUUAUCUCAUUUUCAAAGAAACUAUUCUAGGUAUUUGUAUGUAGACAUAUAUACAGAUGCAAAUUGUUGAGAAAUAUUAACUUUAUACAAAAAGUAUUA